CGUAAGAUGGCGGCCGGGGAGACGGUGAAGGUUGCCGCCGGCCCGUCCGGGCUCUAGCCCGCCGUCUCCCCGCGCCCCGGCAGCCGGCGCAUGGCCCGGCGGAGGCCCGGAGCAUGGACCUCCGCAGCGCCGUGUACAAGGCGGCCGGCGCCGGCAAGCUGCAGCUGCUGCAGAAGCUGCUGAGCGGCCGGAGCCGGGAGGAGCUGGAGGAGCUGACGGGCGAGGUGGCGGGCGAGGGGACGCCGCUGCUCAUCGCCGCGCGCCACGGCCACCUGGACGUGGUGGAGUACCUGGUGGACCGGUGCGGCGCGAGCGUGGAGGCGGGCGGCUCGGUGCACUUCGAUGGCGAGACCAUCGAGGGCGCGCCGCCGCUCUGGGCCGCCUCGGCCGCCGGUCACCUGGCCGUGGUGCGCAGCCUGCUGCGCCGGGGGGCGUCGGUGAACCGCACGACGCGCACCAACUCGACGCCCCUGCGCGCCGCCUGCUUCGACGGCCACCUGGAGGUGGUGCGCUACCUGGUGGGCGAGCACCAGGCCGACCUGGAGGUGGCCAACCGGCACGGCCACACGUGCCUCAUGAUCUCGUGCUACAAGGGUCAUCGCGAGAUCGCGCGUUACCUGCUGGAGCAGGGCGCGCAGGUGAACCGGCGCAGCGCCAAGGGCAACACGGCCCUGCACGACUGCGCCGAGUCCGGCAGCCUGGAGAUCCUGCAGCUGCUGCUCGGCUGCCACGCGCGCAUGGAGCGCGACGGCUACGGCAUGACCCCGCUGCUGGCGGCCAGCGUCACGGGCCACACCAACAUCGUGGAGUAUCUCAUCCAGGAGCAGCCGGCCACCCAGGAGGCGCUGCCGGGGCGCGAGCGAGGCGGGCCCGGUGGCGCGGUGCAGCCCCAGAGUGGCCUCCGCUCCCGCCCGGAGGAGCCUCCUAGCGGCGAGUCCUACGAGAGCUGCUGCCCCACCAGCCGCGAGGCCGCGGUGGAGGCCUUGGAGCUGCUGGGCGCCACCUACGUGGAUAAGAAGCGGGAUCUGCUGGGCGCCAUGAAACACUGGAGACGGGCCAUGGAGCUGCGGCACCAGGGGGGCACCUACCUGCCCAAACCGGAGCCCCCGCAGCGCGUCCUGGCCUACGACUACUGCAAGGAGGUGAACACCGCCAAGGAGCUGGAGGCGCUCAUCACCGACCCUGACGAGAUGCGGAUGCAGGCCCUCUUGAUCCGUGAGCGCAUCCUGGGUCCCUCGCACCCGGACACGUCCUAUUAUAUCCGGUACAGGGGUGCCGUGUACGCCGACUCGGGCAAUUUCGAGCGCUGCAUCCACCUGUGGAAGUACGCCCUGGACAUGCAACAGAACAAUCUGGAGCCCCUGAGCCCCAUGACCGCCAGCAGCUUCCUGUCGUUCGCCGAGCUCUUCUCGUACGUGCUCCAGGACCACGCGGCCAGGGUCAAGGGCAGCGUGGACACGCACAUCGGCUUUGCAGACCUCAUGGGGGUGCUGUGCAAAGGGGUCCGGGAGGUGGAACGGGCCUUGCAGCUGCCCAAGGAGCCCGGGGAAUCGGCCCAGUUCACCAAGGCCCUGGCCAUCAUCCUCCACCUGCUCUACCUGCUGGAGAAAGUCGAGUGCACGCCCGAGCAGGAGCAUCUGAAGCACCAGACCGUGUACCGGCUGCUGAAGUGCGCCCCCCGCGGCAAGAACGGCUUCACCCCUCUGCACAUGGCCGUGGACAAGGAGACCCAGAAGGUGGGCCGCUACCCGGUGGGCAUAUUCCCCUCCCUCCAGGUGGUCAAAGUGCUGCUCGACUGCGGGGCAGACCCGGACAGCAGGGACUUUGACAAUAACACCCCGCUGCACAUCGCGGCCCAGAACAACUGCCCGGCGAUCAUGAACGCCCUCAUCGAAGCGGGGGCCCACAUGGAUGCCACCAACGCCUUCAAGAAGACGGCCUACGAGCUGCUGGACGAGAAGCUGCUGGCCAAGAGCACCAUUCAGCCCUUCAACUAUGUCACCCUGCAGUGCCUUGCCGCCCGCGCCCUGGACAAGAACAAGAUCCCCUACAAGGGCGUCAUCCCUGAGGAGCUGGAGGCCUUCAUCGAGUUGCACUGACCCCGUCCUGAAGGGAGAAACCGGGAGGGGUGUAGCCCACACCGGUCCUCGUCCCCUCUUGGUGAUGUUUCACGUGGCACAAAGUGAGAACGGCUCUCCCGCCUCCAGGGCCCUUCACCUCUGCAGAGAGCGGGAAGGGAGUUAGCGAGCUGCUGGUGCUAGGAGCCUUCCAGAUCUCGUGCUUGGGGGUCUGUCUUUCUCUGGAGUACACGCACCCGUCCUUCGUUGGGGGGAGACGCACAACUUUGCACACAUCCUGUCUGCCGUGGUUUUGGGGAAUUUGGCCUUCUCAGCUUGAGGCAGAGGGAUCGAAACCAUUGCCUUCCUCCCCUCCUAGAAACAAGAAGAAGCCGGGAAUCAAGUCCGUCCUCCUUUGCCCUUUACGUGGCUGGAUCGACGUGGCUGCCAAAUGCAGUGUUAGGACUGGGGGCUCCCAAGGUGGGAAGUUAAAGGCUCAAGAAACAAGACCAGCUCUCACUUCUUCCGGCACCAUCCGGACUGUUUCCCUCCCUCGUUGCCGUGGGCACAGCCGCGUGGGCAGGGCUCACUGCCAGGGCAGCCUGCCACUUACGUAGCUUUCGGCUGGUUUGGUGUUUCAUUUACUUCAUAAGUGGGCAGGUUACAGGCCUUGCAUGGGAGUCCUGAGGUUUUGCUGCCAUUCUGGGUUUUUUUUUUAAAGAAUUUAGUUUGUCAGACUUGAUGAGUUAAUGUCACCCAGCGAGGGUUUGCUGUGCCUGAGGUGGCCGAGGCCAUCAGCAGUGAGCUUUAUGACGUGAAGACUUUGGCGAGGGAGGUGGACGUCCUUGCCGUCGGUCCCUAAAACACAGGUGACUGCGUUUCUUAAAACUUCGUGUGGGCUUCCUGACUCCCUGUUCUCGUAGGAAGAGAAGUAUUUUCCAAACAGCAGAGGAGCCAGGCUCGGCACGAGUUGCCCUCCAAGCAAGAGCUCGCAUGAUUGGCUUGGGGGUCGGUUUUCACGGUCUCUGAAUUAGAACCCCAGGCCGCUUCAGCCUCAUGCGUUGCAUAUAAAUGCACGGUUUCAUGAUGGGCGUAUCCAGCCCAAGUGACUGUAGCCACUUUUUUUUUUUUUUAGCUGCUCAAGGACCCGAAUCCAGGUCUUCCUGAGAAGAGCCCAAGGACAGCAUUAACUCCAUAAUCGAGCUAGAGGAGACAGUGAAUGUGGAGAAUGAGUUGCCAAUGAAGGGGUUAUAAAGUCUUGAUUUUCUGUCCCCUGGGGUAUAACGUGCCCGCACUAGGGAACCUGACUCUGUGAGAUUUUUCUUAGGUGUGAUACUGCAUCCGUCCUGGCAGGCCAAAGGAGACUGUUCUCGGCCUGCUUGGAGAGCAGCGAGUCGCAGAAGGGGACGGAAGCAGCGGCCCCCACAGCUCAGGAGAAGGGUCACUUUCAGGACAGCGGCAUUCGAAUCCUGUGCCUCUCAUGCGGCCACACCAUGGGGCAGCUCCAUGGAGGCCCUCAGAAGCCACAGCGGGUCCCCGAUGUCCUGCCCUAGGAGGAAACGAGGUCUCGUUUGGAUUUGCAGUGUUAGUUAGCACAUUAUUUAUUUACAGGACCAGGUUUUACCUCCCACCGAGGCGGGAAACGCAGCUGCCAUUCCUCCCAAAGCACGGAAGGAAGGAACGAGGCGGUUCCAAUGGUGAGUCUCAGGCGCCGAGGUUUAAGUCGAUAAAAAGACGCCGUUGGAAGAGAACCGCCUGACAGUUCCUUGCUGGCGUGGGUCGGGGGAAGGCGGCGGGAGGGGGCCGUGGGGCGUAAGAGGCCCUGGGGCUGGUCCGUGGAAGGGACCGUUCCUCAGGCCACCGUCUCACUGGAGGAGUUUGCUUACGUGCUGGGGCUUUGUGUCCGAGUCCUUUCAGAAAACGUGUUACUGCAUUAAAAGAAAAAAGUGAAAACCACCGA